CUGAAGAUGGGCUCGUGAGCAAGAAAGAGGAAGAUGUCCACCAAGGAGCCCCCAGGCCGGCGGCACCGGAGGGGUUACUCUCGGGGUGCUCCAGGGAGAACACUUCCCAGAGCCCUGCACAGGACCGAGCCCUCCCCCGCAGCUCCGAAAGGGUUCAGAGACCUCGGGGGAAGAGGCAAAGGCAAGUGACGCCGCGGGGGAAAAGCUUCAGGAGGCUGCCAGAUGUUAUCCAGCAGAGAAACCCUUCUGCGGGGAGACUGAGCAUCUGCGGGGACUGCGGGAAGAGCUUCCGGGUGAGCUCCAACCUGGCGCAGCACCGGCGGAUCCACACCGGGGAGAAGCCCUUCCCCUGCGCCGAGUGCGGGGAGCGGUUCCGGCAGCGCUCCCACCUCGUCCAGCACCAGAGGACCCACACCGGGGAGCGGCCCUACGAGUGCGCCGACUGCGGGAAGAGCUUCAGCGUCAGCUCCAAGCUGCUCCGCCACCAGGUGACGCACACCGGGGAGAAGCCCUACAAGUGCGCCGACUGCGGGAAGAGCUUCUCCGGGAACUCGCAGCUCGUCCAGCACCGGCGAGUGCACACCGGGGAGAAGCCCUACGAGUGCGGCGACUGCGGGAAGAGCUUCAGCGUGAGCUCGGCCCUGACGCGGCACCAGCGGGUCCACACCGGGGAGAAGCCCUACGGGUGCGCCGAGUGCGGCAAGAGCUUCGGCCAGAGCUCCGAGCUGAUGAAGCACCGGCGGGUGCACACCGGGGAGAAGCCCUACGAGUGCUCCGAGUGCGGGAAGAGCUUCACCGUGAGCUCCGCCCUCGUCCAGCACCGGCGGUUCCACAUGGGCGAGCGCCCCUACGGGUGCGCCGAGUGCGGGAAG